UCGUGCGUGAGACUCACGUAGGAAUUUUCCCUAAUAGUUCAUUAAAACUGCAACUAACUGCUAGCCUUUUAUUUGAAUGCUUACGUGCAGUGCGUUAAUUUACGUCAGUGUUGAAUAAAGUCGUCAGGUUUAAAUGAUCUGACAGUACGGAGUUGAUAAUUACGCUAUGAAAUGUCAGCCCGACUUCUUUUGCAGUCGGAAGGAACGUCCUCACUAGCGAACCACGUGUUUCGGUGCCCAUAACUGGACUCGGCAACACUUACUGGCCCUUCAUCGCUGGGAGUUUGCUCUCCCUCGCUGCUAUCGUUCUGGCUGCCACUGGAAUCCUGUGCUACUGUCGAAAGAGGCGCUCAGGUCAUCGUUGGCGAUCUGACAUUUCUGGAGUAGUACUAGAAGAUUGCUUUGCAGAAGAUCCGAAACCCAUUGAGAAGUCAGCACUGGAUCGCAAGACGCAGCGUGCAGAGAUGAACGAGUACAUUUCCACGGACGCCAAAUCCGCAUCGCCAGCUAGCGUAGGCUCACCCCCUAGUCGUCCGUCGAAUCCCGUACCCAUCAAGCGCUUCCAAGAGUACGUGGCACGAGCCCUUGUUGAAGACACACUGGCGCUUGAGUACACGACGCUGAGGAAUGGGAAGCUGCACCCGGCAACCGUCGCGGAAAAGUCCGACCACAAGCCAAAGAACCGCGACGGAAACGUUCUGCCAUACGACCACUCGAGAGUUGUGCUUAGGGGCGAAGGCAUCGUGGACUACAUCAAUGCAAGCUUCAUACCGGUAAGGCAAAGUUCUCCAUGUAUACUCUGCCUACUUCUUUUAUAUUGUCGCGAGAGGAAAAGGCAAGCAGUCAGUUCCAAGCGAACGACCAAUACGUCGGUGCUGGCAGUCGCGAUACAAGUGACCAGCCUGCCCGCAGUGUGGACUUGCACGGACCAGGAUGAAAGGCUGCUUGCAGAGUCGUGUGGCCCUGUCCACGCAACCACUUCCGACUUCUGGCAAAUGGUUUGGCAGGAAAAUAUUGUUAAGGUGGUCGCUCUGUCUGGACCGAAGGAGGAGGUGGUGUACUGGCCAGAAUCACGGGCAAAAUACGGAAGUAUUACAGUGACCCUGAAAAAGACGCAGCUCAAGGCUGACUUUGCAGUGCGGGAACUCGAAGUGUCAGUGGUGAGCCAUUCUCUUCUGUAUUCCUUUCGCAUGCACCUUUGUUGCCUUGUACAGACAGAUCGUAAACUCAAAAUGGCGAACAUUCAUUCUUGUUCGUGUUUCCAGGAGCAGUACAUCGCCGCGCACAAGCUUUUGGUCAACAUGGCUUGUGCAAAGAGCAGAAAGUUAACAAUCGAAGAGUUCUUGAAGUUGUACCAAAACUUGAAGGCGACACAUCCAGCCACUGGGAAAUCUCUGAUGUACAAGGAAUUUGAGGAAUUGAGCCGAAUGCGCCCACACCCUGAUGCCUCGGAAUACAAAGGCGCAAGGGACGAGUGCAAUGCCGGCAAGAACAGAUCACAGAAGAUCUUGGCCGCCGACAGCAAGAGGCCUCUACUGAAUGUGACAACGGACCACGGCAAGACGGAUUACAUCAAUGCCGUGUAUGUCGAUGGGUUUAGGAAAACCAACGCCUUUCUCGUAACACAGAUGCCUUUGAACGGCACGCUGGACGACUUCUGGGAAAUGGUCACCUCCUCUGGCUCUAUAACUGUGGUUACAUUGGGACCGCUGCCAGACGAGACGACACCGAUGUUCUGGCCAGACUUUAACAGCUCUUCCAAGCAUGGCAACAUUACAGUAGAGUACAGAGAGAGCACAGGUUUCCCAAGCCUGGUUGUGCGAAGUUUCAACAUCUGCCAAAACGAGGUCAGUAACACUGAACAGAAUUCGUCGCGGACGUUGAAGCAGUUCCACUGUCCCACGUGGAAGCGUCUGGAAAAGGUUCCUGGCUCGCAUGACAUCGUGCUGGACAUACUUCGCCGCGUGGACACGUGGCAAAGGCGUGCCGAGGGGGCACCUGUCAUCGUUCAAUGCCUCGAUGGGUGUCAAGAGUGUGGUUUGUACUGCGUCUUGUCCAGCGUAUGCGAUCAGCUGAUGCUUGAGCACGAAGUGGACGUCUUUCGCUGCGUACAGCGAGUUCGGGCAAGCCGACCGGAGUUCAUCGUCAGUGCGGAUCAGUAUGCCUUCUGCUAUGAGGUCGCGCACCGAUUUAUUGACUCCUUCGGCUCCUACUCCAACUUCAGCGGCUGACAUAUUUAUUGAAGUUGUUCCUGCAGACGUGUUAAGCUAGAGUGCGGUGUGCAGGAAAACACCUUCAGCCCUUCAGUAGACACCAUGGUGGCUGCAAUAUAUAUAUAUUUUUUUUUUCGUAACAGAAAUGCAUCGCAGCAGAAACCGCAAGAAUGGUGUUGAUUUUGUUUGCAUAAAGAUUCUUCACUGUA